AUGGCGAUUACAAUUAACUCCCUUUCUUUCUUUCAAACAAUUCCCACAACAGUCACUGCGAAUCAUCUGAAUGGACCGCUUUUGAUUUCAUAUGGAAUUGUCGAGGUGAUAAUUUCGCCUUCCGGAUUAUGGGGAAUAUUUGGAGGGAUCCAGGACAACGUUUACUUAGCAAAACGUUACGUGAAAGAUCAUUGGUUCACUUUAUUGGUAAUGACCACGAUCGACAUUGCAAAGAUUUCACUUUCGCUCACGUCGCGAGAGCGAAUGAUAAGAUCUUGCAUGGGCUCGGAUGUCAACACUGGACGUCUUGACAGUUGCAUGAAUGUCGCCGAUUUCAACAUCUGGGCAGGUAUCGUGAUUUUUGGAGUACAGGAGGUCGCAAUGAUUUCUCUUGGACUCAUGACAGUCCUUAGCGUAAGACAGAUCGAGAUGAAACCCAAAGAAAAGGAAAAGGUACCACCUGGUCCGGUAGGUCAGCGGUCACAUGAUAACCUUUUAGAGGAUGUAGAUCCUUCGAUGGAAAAUCAAUUAUCCCAACCCUUCGUUAAUCGGAACUCGCAACUCCCAGGGGAAAAUCGCCCACCUCAACAACCCGCUCAUCGGGUGUCACAGUUCCCAAGAGAAGGACAUCCGAAUCAGCCCUUCGUUCGUCGAUUGUCGCAAAUGCCACCACAAGCAUUUCCUCAUCGGGUGUCGCAUCUAAAUCAUCCGCCUCAACCGUUCAUCCGCCGAUCGUCACAACUGCCAUCUCAACAAUUUCCAGAAGUACUUGACCAAAAUUCAUCGCAACUUCGACGGACAUCCACGUCACAUAAUAAUAAUCACGCUUCUAGGCUAUAUUAUGCUGAAGUGAAUCGUCCGCAAAGUGCAAGAAUGUCUGGACACCUUCACCCACGGGGCUCAACAUUUCAUCCACAUCUUACUCCUACAAUUCCUAGAAUGAAUCCUCACAAUGCUAGUGCACCACACUCGCAGUAUCUACCGAAUCCGCCGCAUACACUUCAGCAGCAACGUCAUUCACAACGAUCGCAACUUUACCAAAAUCAAAAGCCACUGUAUCGGCGCUCGAUGAGUCAGCCACAAAUUAGAACCCCUCCAUUAUCAUCAGACGAAUCUCCACCGGUACCAUCGCAAGUUAUGGAAUCCGAACCAAUAAAACGAGACAAACACGCAUCACUUCGAAAUUCUAGAUCUUCACCAGACAUUAGUAUCGAACGUGCCGCAGAGGAAAAAGAGAAUUCUGAUCCGAUUCUUGAACAUCAACAAUUAUCACAGGAACCCGCUCACGACAACGAGCUCAACCCUUCACCAUCACCCGCUGCGGAGACGACAAACAAAUCGUAA